AUGUCGUCCUGUACGUAUGACGGUAAGGGGGACCCAAAGCGGUAUGUGGCUGCGUUUGAGAGUCACAUGUUGCUAUAUACCGACACCGAUGCUGUGUGGUGUAAAGUUUUCCCUACGACUCUUACCGGCGCAACUUCGGAUUGGUUCUCCAAUUUAGAGCCGGGAUCAAUUGACUGCUUUGAGACCCUGGUGGAGAUGUUUACAGGUCAAUACAUAAGUUAUAGUGCGAGACAAAGGACAUCUGGCGAGCUCAUGGCUAUUCAGCAACGAAAGGAUGAGUCGCUCAGAGAUUUCAUUAGACGCUUCAACAACGAGGCUAACACUAUACCAAAAUUGCAGCAAGAAAUUGUCGUGAUGGCAUUGACGAAUGGGCUAGGUGACAACGACUUCAGAAAAUAUAUGUCGCGGAAAUCUUUCCCAAAUUUAGGGGUAGCAUUUGCCAAAGCUCAUGAAUACAUAAAAAGUAAGGAGCUGCUGAAAACGAGCCGUCAGAUAUCGUCGGCAGAGCCCUCCAGAAGGCAAAGUGAUAAUAGCUCGAGUUCUCAGAUGGGUGACGUAAGCAGGGCGCUGCCGCAAGGCCAGCAGAGGUCCGGGAGGCCGACAAGGGGAUUGGAUCGUUAUAGUAGUUAUACGCAAUUAAACACCCCGAGAGCGGCAAUAUAUUCAAUAAACCAGAAUAGAGAAGAUUGGAGUCGACCGGCACCGAUGAUAACGAAGGGCCGGGACGUGAAGAAAUAUUGCAUGUUUCAUAGAGACGUUGGUCAUUACACCGAAGAAUGUGUUCAGUUAAAAGAGAACAUUGAAGAUCUCAUAAGGAAGGGGCGAUUAUCCCAGUAUCGUACCCAGGCAGGUCCCAGCCGACCGCAAAAUUCACAGCCUAGGCAAAUCGAGUACCGAAAGCAGGGAGAUCCAUCAAUGCAAGAUGAUACUUACAGACAGAAUCAUGCGGAAGCAUCUAGACAGGGAGGUAAUCCGACAGGGCAUAAAAUAACAAUCGACGUUAUUACGGGAGGGCCAGUAUAUGGAGGUUCCGUAAGCGGGGCCAAGAAGAGUUUGUUGGAAUACCAACACCUAGUGAACGCUUUGAGCGUAGAGGAACGACCUCGGCCUUCUUCCAUGCUUUCGAUAUCUUUUUCGGAGGAGGAUGCUAAGGGAGUAAUUUACCCUCAUGAUGAUCCGUUGGUGCUGAUAUUGACGGAAAAUGGAGCAUAUAUCAAGCGGGCACUCGUUGACGACGGAAGUUCCGCAAAUAUCCUGUUUGCUAGGGCUUUUGAUGCCAUGAGGAUUGGCCGAAAAUACUUGACGCUAGUGUCCUAUCCCGUGAUAGGUUUCAACGGAUCGACGGUAAGACCUGAAGGUAGUAUUGUUCUUCAGGUUCGAAUGGGAGAGGGUCCGGCAGUAAGAGAUGUUAUGGCGGAGUUUUUGGUGAUUGAUGUGCCAUCUGCUUACAACGCCAUUGUCGGCAGGCCUCUAAUUCAUGACAUGCAAGCUGUGGUCUCAACGUACCACUUGACGAUGGUGUAUGUAUCCAACGCGGGAACGACAAAACACGUACGGGGUAGUAAAACUAUGGCAAGAGAGUGUUAUGUAUCGGCACUGAAGCAGCCAGGCUGA